AUGUUCGAAGAUAAAAGACUACCGAUAAUCAUAUUUGAUAUGCCAGUGGAAAUUGCAAAUGCUGUCCUGAACGGUUAUUUUGUCAUGGAACGCGAGGAUGAAAGUAGUCAACAAGUCUUGGCAUGGAAUCAAGGCCAACUGCAAAUUUUUACGCGACAGCAUCACUCUAAGAGCUGGAAUAAGCAGACCCAGGAUGGUGAUCAGUCAUAUUCAGGAUGGAUGAUUACUGAUUUGAUUCAACGUAGUAACGAGCAAGUAAAAAACUUUAUGGACCACUUCACCAGCAAGAAAAGUUUAGAAGUAAUCGUGCCAAGUUGUCUCGGGGCUGAGGAUAAAUAUCUCCCUAUACCUAAUAUCUGUCGCGGGUUGAAGCGCAGAAUACGAAGAGUUAGAAUUGAUAAACUUAAACCGACACGGGCGCAUGGUUAUAUUGAUUGGGUCAAGAUAAGAUAG